AAAUGCCGCUUUCUUCAUUGUGAAUAGGAUUAAUAUAAGAAACACUCGCAAGCAUCAUGUCAGACAACAUCGUUAAGAAGACCAAUUCGUCCGAAAAUUAUUAUAUCGACAAUUUGGAUGACAGCGAAUUGCAGGCUCGGCUGUAUUCAGAGAUCUAUUAUGAAACGAAUAUCGAGAAUGAAUCAAGAACCAUGGAUAAUUCGAACACAAUUAAAUUCAAUAGUAUGACCACUGAGGCUAAUGUUAAACUAAAACAAUCACAAUAUGAAUCUGAGAAACACUCUUUGGAACAACCUUCGACAUCCAAUACUACUAAAGCAGAUUCUCAGAAGAUGUCCUCUACACAUCAAUCAGAAUUUGUUCAAGUUGAGACUUUGUCGAGUAGAGAAAUGAAUCCCACAUGUGGGUGGUAUGACGAUAAAAGUCGAAAAGAUCCUUCAAUCAUACAAGGUAAACAAAGAAAAAAAAAUUCUCCUAAAAAAUAUAGAUCUUCCAAACAUAUAAAAACUGUACAUAAAAAAAGCUCGGAGAAAGAUAAUGACACAUUUUCGAAGUAUAAUGUUGUUUCAAAAUGCAUAAAACAAAAGGCACAUUUGUUUUUAGCUGAACAAAUGGAUAAAGAUAAAGACAGUUCUGAUUCUGAAGAAUCUAUACUUGAAGUACCUAUUCCACCAAAACCAAAGCCACUACUCAUACACUUGCAAGAUUCUGAUGAUGAAAAUAACUCAAAUUCUGACAUAGAUAAUAAUGAUUUGAUCUUGAAAAAUUGGAACAGUGCUUCAUUAAAAACAUAUUCAAGAAAGUCCCUAUUUAGAAAUGACAAAAGAGAAACUGUACAAGAUAAUCCUCAAGAUAUAUCCUCCAAAAGUAAGGGUACUGCUACAUCAAAUAAUAAGGAUACUGUAAAUUUUGGUAAAAGUAUCCAAACAUCAACACUUACACAAGAUUUAACAGAAGAUAUCACAUUGAACUGUACAACAAUUCAAAGUAGUACUAAAAGCAUAAGUGAAAUUAAACAGUUGUCCAAAAAUACAGAGGUAAAACAACAAAGUGAAUCGACAAAGAGUACAAGUCAUAACUCUAAAACAACUUCACCAUUUUCAAAAAAUACAUGGAAAGGAAAUAAAAAUGCUAAUCUUCAGCAAGAAACACAUGUGACAUCAGAAAAAAAAUUGUCUACAACAAAACAAAUUAUCAACAAAUUAUCAACAAAUAAUGUAUGUAAUAGAUAUGAUCUUAGGGGUGUAGAGCAAAACAAAAGCUCAGCAAUAGGAUCAUGCAAUCCAAUAAAUAAUCGAAAGAGACGAUGCAACAACGAAGUUGAUAAUCAAUCUGAACAGAAGCGACAAUGCAUCAUUGAACAGAAUAAUCAAGAUGUUAUAUGCAGCAGUACUGGAGCGAAAAAUAUAUCGAAUGAGUUUUUCGAGCCAAUGUCAGAAGAAAUGAAAAAUUAUUAUAAUUUGAGUCGUGGUCAAGAGAACUUUGAUAUUAGAGAGUUGCAGCAAAGCAUGUCGAAGGAUCCGCAAAUGUGGACAAUCCUGGAUGAAGAUUUAAUGCCAUGUCCUUCUAGCAGACGUGUUAGAUUCUGGAAUGUCAAAUGCACUAACUGCCACCAGGAAGGCCAUCGGCGGUACGAUUGUUCAUCACCACGUAGACCACCAACUUGUUAUAUGUGCGGCAUGAAGGAUCACACUGAGGUUCGAUGCCCGCAAAAGAUGUGUCUGACAUGUGGUAAGCCACAGAACACAUUUCGUAACACUUGUGAAUAUUGUCGCGUUCUUUACUGUACUAUGUGUGAUUCGGUAGGACACGAGCAAAAUCAAUGUCCCGAUCUUUGGCGACGGUAUCAUCAGACGACCGACAUGAAUAGUAUGCCGCAGGAUCCGGGAUUUGUGAUGAAACGACUGAGAUUGCAAUAUUGCUGUAACUGUGCUAAGCGUGGUCAUGAAUCGUCUGCAUGCAGAGAACAUCGAUGGUCUGAUAAUUUUCCUACUCCAGCUGCCGUCACAAAUUAUACGGAUGGGCCCAUGUAUCGUCCAUCAAGUCCUCAUAUGUCAAGUUAUCCUGAACCUAAUACUUCUGAUUUUUCAUUGUCUGAGACAACACAAAACGAAACAUCGAUUCCACAAAGUACUAUUGAUGUACAACAAACAAUAACUGAAGACGUGGAAUCUUCUGUAGAUGUAAACACAUUGUCAAAUAUUGAUUUCUAUAUUUUACCAAUUUCACAAGAAGUUGAGCAUGUCUCGCAAACGGAAAAUGACUUAAAAUCUUCUUUUAUUUUGCCCACAGUAGAAACAAAUUUCAAACACACUAAAGUAAAUUAUGUAGCAUUUUCUAAAAUUAUAUAUUCUUAUGAUUUUUAUCGCAAUAAAAAUGACAAUGAUGCGCGGAUGAUCUUGACUACUCUUGAUACAUUGUUCUCACAAACAGAUAAAAAUUUUUAUAUGGUAAAAAAUUUAAUAAGUCACCGGACUGCUCCAAAUUUUCUGGAAUUUUUGACGUUGAAGGCGAUAAAAUUUGAAGUGAAAAUAGGCUUUAUUCAAAAUCAAAAAACUCUAUCGCUACAAUUAAUAGCAAUGAAAGAUUACAUAGAGUAUUUGUAUGAUUUGUUGAAACAUUGGCUCAGUCUUCUAGAGGAUGAAAAAAAAUAUGGAAUAGACGUGAAUCUACCUGUAAAUUCUGUAAAGAUGUUCAAUGUGCUAAAAGGGAAAUAUCUACAACUGAAUAAAAUGCGUUUCAACCAUUAUGCUGAUCUAAUAGGAGGAAAUGAUGAUCCGCGAUUACUUUAUACAUUUAUAAAUUUAGAAAAAGACAAAUUGAAAGGCUAUGAGCAGUGUAAGGUUAGUAGGAGAAAGUAUAAUAGCACCCGCAAAAAGGUAUUUCGUUUGCAAACUAAACUUCUUAUAAUUACCAAUACCGUACCUGAACCAAAUGUUUAUGUACGUACAUUUAAAGACUUGAUGGAGAGAUACGAAGCAGGACAUUGUCAAAUGAAUGAUAAACUAGACACUGCAACUUAUCUUAGACUUAAUUUGCUUUAUAAUCAACUUUUUGUACCUCACACAUCCCAAAAUAUAAACAAGAUGUUACAUUGCAUCGAGUCGGAGGCAAAAAAGUUGAGCAAUUUACAGCAGCAAGAGUUUGAGAUAUGUCAUGUACCUCUAGAGAAGCAACAGGAGCCAAAAAUACAUGAUACAUCAGCAAACGAAGAAAACCUCGUAUGUAACUCCACUGUACAUACCUCAUCCGCGAUACCUCACAUCUCACUGAAUAUUGACUCCAAAAAUUCUUACGUAAUUAAUAAUCAAAAGAAUAACGAGAUAUUAGAUGACGCACAAAAUGUAAAUACUUCGCUUGAACCAAGCAAAAUGAUCGAUUACGAAGAGUUAACAAUAACAAUAAAAAAUCCUAUAGCGCAGAAUUCUGAUUGUGAGAUUAUACCGUUAAAUGACGCACCUGUGUCACCGGCUAAAUCGAAAGAACCUGAAUUAAACGAAGGUCAAUUAUCAACAAGCGAAGUAGUUAACUUCAAUGUAUCUGAAAAUGAACAGAUUAUAAAAACAGUUUGUAAAUCAUCAAAUUUAUCGAAAAAAGCGAAACGAAAAAAAAUGAGAGCAGAAAGACUUACAAAUAUUCAUAAAUUGAAUGAUACGUUAAAAAACGAAAAUUUGUAUGAUGUCGCAUUAAAACUUAUAAACAGAACUCAUGCUUUUAAAUCACUACAUAUGAAGAAUGCAGCAGAUGAAAUGCGAAAACGAGUUAAAAAUCGGACAAUUAAACCUAAGCAUCUUCGGUUGUUAGAUAAAUUGAUUUUUGUCGAGGAAAGUCAUCAAAAAAUCAUUAAAAGUGUUUGUAAUUCUUUAAAAAAAUAA